GUUUCCGGACAGAUAUUGAUGUAACACAGUCUGUCGCAAACAUCCGCUGUAGUUGCAGGAUUAUGAAAGCUUGACAAGUGAACAUUAACUGCAUUAACAUCAAGUAACUGCGACGGUGUAUACAAGCAGACAGAUGGCCGUGUUUGGAUGGCUUAUUUAGGACGUCGGCUGGGACAGUCACGCAUUAUUAUCCCCGGUGUGUCCGCGUUCAGGCUCCUCGGUAUGGCCGGUAUGACCGACAUGGGUCUGGCGAUGAGUCGUUCCCCACUGGAGCGGCUCCACUUUGACAAUGUCGCCCUCAAGAAACUUCCCCUGGACUCUUCCGAGGAGCCGGGGGUGCGGCAGGUUAAAGGAGCCUGUUUCUCCCGGGUGAAGCCGCAGCCGCUGACCAAGCCUCGGUUCGUGGCUGUGUCACAUGAAGCCCUGGCGCUGCUGGGGCUCAACGGAGAGGAGAUCCUGAACGACCUGCUCGGGCCAGAGUAUCUCAGCGGGUCCAGAGUCAUGCCUGGGUCCGAGCCCGCUGCGCACUGCUACUGCGGCCACCAGUUUGGCCAGUUCGCCGGGCAGCUGGGCGACGGGGCGGCCUUCUACUUGGGCGAGGUGAAGGUGCCGCCCGGACAAGACCCCAAACUGCUGCGGGAAAACCCGAGCGGCCGGUGGGAGAUUCAGGUGAAAGGAGCUGGACUGACUCCUUAUUCCAGACAAGCUGAUGGCCGUAAGGUCCUGCGCUCCAGUAUAAGAGAGUUCCUGUGCAGCGAGGUGAUGUUCUUCCUGGGUGUUCCCACCACCAGAGCAGGCUCCGUAGUGACCUCCGACAGUAGAGUAGUACGAGAUGUGUACUACAGCGGGAACCCUCGCCACGAGAGAUGCUCUGUGGUUGCCCGUAUUGCUCCCACCUUCCUCAGGUUUGGAUCCUUUGAAAUCUUCAAGCAGGCCGACGAGCAAACAGGUCGUCAGGGUCCCAGCUAUGGACGUGAUGAGAUCCGAGGUCAGAUGUUGGAUUAUGUCAUUGAGAUGUUUUACCCUGAGAUUCAGCGGAAUCACGCAGAUAGGGUGGAGAGGAACGUGGCUUUCUUCAAAGAGGUGAUGCUCCGCACGGCUCGACUCGUGGCUCAGUGGCAGUGUGUGGGUUUCUGCCAUGGAGUCCUGAACACAGACAACAUGAGCAUCCUGGGUCUCACACUGGACUAUGGUCCAUAUGGCUUUAUGGACAGGUUUGAUCCAGAUUUCAUUUGCAACGCCUCCGACAACUCCGGCCGAUACUCCUACCAGGCGCAGCCAGCAAUCUGCAGGUGGAACCUGGUGAAGCUAGCGGAGGCUCUUGCUCCAGAGCUGCCACCAGACCGAGCUGAGGCUGUCAUAGACGAGUACCUGGAUCUGUAUAACGGCUUCUACCUCGAGAACAUGAGGAAGAAGCUGGGCUUAUUGAAGAAGGACGAGCCCGAGGAUGAGAUCCUGAUCACGGAGCUGCUGCAGACCAUGCACAACACAGGUGCCGACUUCACCAACACCUUCCGUAGCUUGAGUCAGAUUUCCUGCCCCAUUGAGGGAGAAAGUGAGGGAGAAGAGGAGCUUGUCAGGAAAGCCACAGACCUCCUGCUGGAGCAGUGUUCCUCCCUAGAGGAGCUCAAGGCUGCUAACAAACCCACCAUGGAUCCACGUGAGCUGGCGAUGCUGCUCUCCAUGGCUCAGAGCAACCCGGCGCUGUUCCAGAUGAUCUCAGACAGAACGUCGAUUGCGAAACAGUUAGAAAUACUCAGCAAACUGAAAGACCUGAUGGAGACCAACCAGGAAGAGCUGAAAACCAAACAGGCGGAGGAGUGGAGCGGCUGGAUCGCUCGCUAUAGGAAGCGUCUGGCUCGGGAGCUGGAAGGCCAGAGCGAUGUGCAUGCCGCGCAGGAGGAGAGGGUGAGGGCGAUGGACAGCACCAACCCUCGCGUGGUGCUCAGGAACUACAUCGCCCAGAAUGCAAUUGAGGCUGCUGAGAACGGAGAUUUCUCUGAGGUCCAACGGGUCCUCAAGGUUCUGGCAAAGCCUUUCUCUUCGCAGCCAGGUCUGGAGCUUCCUGCAUGGGCGAGCGAAGGCGAGGCCACCGAACGGAGGGAGAGGGAUGAAGGGGAGGAGCAACAGCAAGAGUCGGCAUCUACAUCCACAGCCAGAAAUCCUGUUCCCUAUGACAGCAAGCCCCCGGCCUGGGCCCAUCAAAUAUGUGUCACAUGAUCUUCAUAAUAACUUCCUUGGUUGUUCGCUAGCCUGCCUAAAAUGAUAAGAGAGUUUAUUGGUCUUUUAGUUCAUAUUUUUCUUACUUUUUUUUUUUUGUCUCUCAUUCACCGUACAACUCUCUAUUACUUCGGCAGGCAGCGUCAGGGAAGUUAGCACGAGGCCACCCCAUAGGCUAGCUCAUACAAUGCAGACAGGGAGUGAGAUUAAUUUUUUAUAUAUAUAUAUAUAUAUAUAUAUAUAUAUAUAUAUAUUUAUUGUUUUACUUUACAAAGAACCCUCUCAGCUCGUUCCCUGCCUGCUUGGUGUUAGAUAUUAAUGACGACUCAGACAACAAGUCCUACAGUGACCUGUCUGACUCUGACAAACUGUGGGGUCUCACCUCAACGAAUACCAAAAAAUAACGUGUGUGUGAGAAAGAGAGAGAUAUGUUUUUAGGCAUGUAUUUGGGUGAAAGGCAGUGAUUAGACUUCAUCCAACAUGCUGCAGUAGAUAAACACGCACACUAUUCUGCUAACCCUAACCACAUUUGUUACCUAACCUGUUCAGUAAGCAGUUGACCUAGAGUCCAGCUAAGUAAAAAUAGGAACUGCAUUUUCUAUUGGACUAAUUGUCGGUUUGUGAACAUGCAAACUUCUUCAGGGGAAGUUUAUUGUAGAUUGUGCCACAGAUGUGAUUCUAUCAAGUGUGGUUUUGUUGAAAGUUCACCGCCAUUCAUGACUUUAACUGCGAUGCCUCAACACUAAUCAUAACUUUCUUUAUUUGAACCGGGAUCAAUUUGUUGGUGUAGUCAAAAAACACAGAAACACAUGAAAUGAUGCUUGUUCCAGAGUUUUAUUUUUCCUUAAUUAAUAUGAAAUGUAAGGUUGAUCUCUCCCUCAGCUAUAGCCUUAAUAUAUCCUAAUAAACCGAGCAGUCAAUAGA